UAGUUUUCUCUUUUGUAACACCUUUGAACUGCAGUAAAUAUUCCACUGAAAGUACCGCCUCUCUGCAUCUUGCUAACCUUUUUGAAUAUUAAUUAUAUAUUUUUUAUGUCUGAGGACUUGUGUUUGUUUGGAGCUAAUAAUUUAAUUUAGUAUAGCACCUUUUCAUCAUUUUUAAUUUACUCCUGGAUAUGCUAUUCAUGCUAUGUGAUUUAUCUUUUAUGAACUGUCGCAGUUUUGGCAAUGCACCGCGUGGGUAGUGCAGGGAACACAAACAGUUCAACUCACCCGCGUAAGGAGAAGAGAUUAACAUAUGUGUUGAAUGAUUCUGAUGACACAAAGCAUUGCGCAGGCAUAAAUUGUUUGGCCGUACUUAAGUCUGCAGUAUCUGAUGGGUCUGAUUAUCUCUUCACUGGGAGCCGUGAUGGCAGGCUAAAACGGUGGGCACUAGGUGAGGAUGCAGCAACAUGCUCUGCUACCUUUGAAGCUCAUGUGGACUGGGUUAAUGAUGCAGUUCUUGUGGGUGAUAGUACCCUUGUUUCUUGUUCGUCAGAUACAACCCUUAAGACAUGGGAUGCUUUUUCCACUGGAACAUGUACUAGGACGCUCCGCCAACACUCAGAUUAUGUUACUUGCCUUGCAGCAUCUGAAAAAAAUAGCAAUAUUGUUGCCUCUGGUGGCCUCGGUGGAGAGGUUUUCGUAUGGGAUCUUGAAGCUGCACAUGCUUCAGCUGCAAAGUGCAUUGAUGCUACGGAUGAUGAUACUUCAAAUGGUAUCAAUGGUUCUGGGAACUCAUUACCAUUGACUAGCUUGCGUAGCAUCAGCUCAAGUAACAGUAUAUCUGUGCACACUACUCAAAAUCAAGGAUACAUUCCAAUUGCUGCUAAAGGCCAUAAGGAAUCUGUUUAUGCAUUGGCAAUGAAUGAAGGUGGAACACUUCUUGUCUCUGGUGGUACAGAAAAGGUUGUGCGUGUUUGGGAUCCAAGAUCUGGAUCAAAGACUAUGAAACUAAAAGGGCAUACGGAUAACAUCAGGGCUUUGCUUCUGGAUUCUACUGGCAGGUUUUGUUUAUCAGGAUCUUCAGACUCCAUGAUAAGGCUUUGGGAUCUUGGUCAGCAACGUUGCUUGCAUUCUUAUGCAGUUCACACAGAUUCUGUGUGGGCUCUUGCUAGCACUUCAACAUUUAGUCAUGUUUAUAGUGGUGGUAGAGACUUCUCACAGGUUAUUUUUGUGCAUAUGGCAGGUGGUGGGGCUAUCCUCCAUGAUGGUGGUGUGACAUUCUUAUGUUACCAUACGGUUUGCAUGCAUCAGGUGGAGUAAUUUUUGGAUGUUGAGUUGACUUCUAGAGAGGAUUUGUUUGGAAUCCAAGUUGGGAACUUUGCAUCCACGAUGAGAGGGCUUUUUGAAGAUUUCAAGUGAUGAAUAAUAUCAAGCAGAUCUGGAUUGGCAGCACUUUGGCUAGCUUAUUGUGCUAUGUUUUCUUUUAGACCUCCUUGGAAGUUCCGCUUUGAUCCUAGCGAGGGGUACUCUUUUUCCUUACUAGGUUUUCCCAUUGGGGUUUUUCCUAGUAAGAUUUUAAUGAGACUUCUCUCCUUGAUCUUGCUUCCAAGGUGGGGGUGUGGGUGGGUUCUUUUUGAGCAUUAGUUUGGCUCCUUUGAUACUACUAUUUUUUUUUUCUUUACCUGUAUUUUCUUGUAUUGGGUUGAAGUACCCCUUGUACUUCUCUUCAAUAUAUAUAGUCCAUUGCUUAUAAAAAAAAAUAUAUACAUUAUACAUGACAAAACAGCUCCAAAAAAUAAAAUAAGACUACUUUAAUAAGGGAUGCCCACUUUCCCCUCCCAUAUUCCCAUUGAAUCAUUUGCAGUUAGGAAAUGUAAAAUCAGAUAGGAGAUCAAGAUGUUGUCAAUGGAUACUAUAGUAAUUUUUUUACAGGUGACUUUUACUUGGUUAUUCCAGUGCCCACCUUUCAAAGGAAACACAAAAAGCAAUAAUGUUAAAGGAAACCCUAACCUUCACCAUGAACCUCGAUCACAGUCACCCACCUACGAUCUAGAGUCACACGGGGAAUACCUUCAAGUCGGGCGAACCAUAUUACCCUAGGAGUUUGAUGGAGGUUUCGCUCAUUUGCUUCAAAUCGGGCAGAUCCGGUUCGAUCUUCCAGGUCACGACCCAAUGAAAAACCGCCACUAAUUACAUAACCGCCAGAGAAUAAAUUUUACAUAACGUUGUCGAUAUAAACCUUACAGUAUCAUCCUUUUAAGUGGCGGUCAAAAUCAACCGUCGCUAGACUACCGUCGCACUAAAUCCAAAUUCUCGAAUUUUACAUUACUUUUAUUUUUAUCGGCAAAUGUUAAUGGUUAGUAAAUUAGUCCUCCACAGGGUUCGAAUAUUACAUUACUUUAUUAUUCAAUAGGUUACAGGUGAAAAAGUUUUAAUAUAACUUUUUUUCUAUUAGCAUUUUUAAGAUGGUACUAAAGAUCAUUAGUAAAAAAAAUACAUAAAUAUAUGGAAUGGGCCGGGGUCAAAUGAUUUAUUUAAAAUAUCCAAUACCCAAUUUUCACACCAACUUAAUAUUUUUUAUUGAUACAAUUAAAAUAUUGGUACGCGUACGACUCUUUGUUUCCUGCAUGGGACAAGUUCCUUAUCAUUUUUGAAUAAUCCAAACUCAAAUUUGACUUUUCAAAUAAUAGAAAAUCGAUGAUACGUACCAUUACCAUGCAUGUUGUAGUAUCACACACACUAAAAUAGCCAAAUUAUAUGGACACGGUUCUUACAAGCCACCAAAAAUUAAUAAACCAAAUUUCAAGCCAGCAAUACUAGUUAACAAACCACCGGUUUACAAGCCAACUCUUGGAUUAAGACCUUACACUCCAACUAGUAUAAAAAUCGAUGAUACCAUGUAUUUAGUAGUAUCACUCACCUUCACUAAAGGCAUGACUUCUUAUAAUUUCUUAUUCUUUCUAGUUGUGUUCUUUGCAGCUUUGAUGCUUGUCCCUCAAGCGCUUCUUGUUGAAGCGGUUAACAAGCCAUUGCCGGUCACCACGCCACAUCGGGUUUACUGGCCACCACCAUUGCCGGUCACCACGCCACAUGGAGUUUACUGGCCACCACCAUUGCCACCACCAACAGAAUAUCAAAGAUACUCUCCUUCAGUAAAAGAGGUUAACAAGCCAUUGUCGGUUGCCACGCAACUUCGGAGACAAAGGCCACCGCCAGUGUCAUGGCUGCCACUACAAAAUUAUCGAAAGUACCAUCCUUCAAUAGAAGAGGUUAACGAGCCAUUGUCGGUAACAACGCCACAUCAUGUUUAUUGGCCACCAUCACCAUUGCUGCCACCAAUACAUUCUCGAAGGUACCAUCCUUCAAUAGAAGAUGUUAACAAGCCAUUGCCAGUCGCCAUGCCACAUCGGAGAAUUUGGUCACCACCACCAAUACAUGAAGAUGCAACGAGCUUGAAUUGACAUGCUAUUUAUGUAUAAUUACUAAAUAAGAUCAGCUAGGUUUCGUAUGCUGUGACACAACUAAAAAUGUGUUUAUUUUCCGCGCAUUUUUUCUGAAUUUUAUUUCGCAGAAAUUUCCUGCGAAAUGUUUUGCGAUUUAGUUGUUGUUUCAUGCGAAUAUAUUUCUAAAGAAAUAUUUGCAAAUAAUAUAAAAUUUUCUUGCAAAA